CAACACUAGAAAGUGUUCAGCAGCAAAUGUGAAUUCAAAAGCCAGUUGUUUAAUGAAUUUGUUUUUUGUUUAUUAUAACUUAAUAUAUUGAAACAUGAAAACGUGAUUAAUAUGGAACCGCUAGAAUUCAAUAAAAAAACAGGAAGUAGUAUAAAUUUAAAAGACUUUUUACAAAAUAGCAAACAACGGCUGGAACGCAUACUACAUAGAUCUAAAAUUAAAACUGAAUUAAAAAAUUUAACAUCAAAGAAAUUAGAAGAUAAUGCAGCCAAUUUAAAUAAAAAUGAUCCACCGCUACCUGAAAGUUUCAUGAGCAAUCAAUAUACCGUCAAAUUAGAUCAAAAUGAAUUGCAGAAAUUAUUAUCUAAUAAAACCAUUAAAAUACCGGAAAGGUUUUCAGAUUUGCAAGUAAAUUUUAACUGUGAACAAAAAUUGAAAAUCUAUGAAUACGUUUUGCAGCGAACAGGAAAAUUUUCGGAGCCAGAAUUGAAAAUACCUUUUUCCAAUGAAGGUAAUAAGACCUUUGCUGAAAUAGUUGCUGCUGAAAAUCGUGAAAGAAAACAAAAACAACGGAGGCAUCGUAAAUCUAAACCGACACACAUUGAAGAAGUACGUAGUUUAGUAGAAUUACAAAUGUUAGCAAUGGAGCAAUAUAUGAAAAAAGAAAAGCAUAAAAUUCAUAGAAAUGAGAAAAGUAGAAAGGAUAUUAAACGCACAGAAACAUACAGCAGUAGAUCAAAUAGAAGUCGUAGUAUUGAACGUCGAAGUCCUUAUCAUCAUAGCAAUCAUUACAAACACGAAAGAAGUAAACACAAAACGCGUAGUCGAAGUCGUGAUCGUUAUUACAAAAGUAGUAGCAAUAAGCGACAAGAAUCAAAACACCGUGACAAAACUGAUUCAGACAGCAGAAGAAGGUAUAGUUCUGAACAUUAUAAACACAAAAGAAGUAAAAGUCCUGACAUACAUAAAAAAAGAAAGAAACACAAACGUAGUAGAAGUUCAAGUUAUGAUGGAAGCCACACACAUAAAAAAAAGCACAAGCAUUAUGAAUAAAAUAGAAACUCGCCAAUAAAACACUAAAUGCUUUCAUUAAAA